AUGAGUGUUUGGCGCAGACUUCAAAGGGUUGGAAAAAAAGCAGCGAAAUUUCAGAUUACUGCUUCUUUGCAUGAGCUGAAUAUUGAGUGCUCACGUCAGUACAGUCCCGGAAGUUUAGUAGUUGUUUGGUCUCGUCGCAGUCGCCGAUAUUCUUCUAAAUCCUUUGAACCGGUUAAAAGUUCCGACAAUUCAAAUUCAUUUAAAUAUGUAUGGUCUAUGCCGGAGAAUGUAGAAUUCGUUACUACUUUAUAUCGAAAUGAAAAAGCAAUUCAAUUUGAAGAAAAAGAAUGGAUAUGUCAAAUUGAAGAUGUUGGAUCUAAAAGUGCAGGUUUAUUUUCAGGAUCUACACCAUCGACUAGACGACGUGUACUCGCUGCCAGACAAAUUGAUCUAGCCGAAUUCACUUCAGAUUUACCCGUUCAAACUAAUCUCAAAGUAGUCAUGCGUCUUGCCUCUAAAAAGUUAAUAUCUGCUACUGUUCUACUUACGUUAAAUUCAGUUAUUGUUAAAGCAGGAGAAGCCACUGAUGAAGAUAUGAUUUCUGUAGCAUCACUCAUGUCAUUAAGUCGUACUGGGAGUUUCAAUGUCGGCAGUGGAGUAACUAUUAAUGAUUUAGGUGGUGUUGCAGCAUUCUCACCAACAAUACCGAGGCUUGCUGACAAAGAUGAUUUAAAUUCACAUUCCUUCUCAAAUAGUAGUUUUCAUACUGAUCUCAGUGAAUUAACCGCUAAACUACAAGCUCUGGAACGACGUCAAAUAGAUUCUUUUGUCGAAUCUCCUAUAAAAGCAAACGGAAAUGUUUCAGAUCAUACUUCAGAAUUAGAUAACUCUAAAACAAGUCUAAAUAGAUCACAAAACCAAGAUUCACUCCCACCCGCGUGUGGUGAUGUUUUGGCAAAACCAUUAAUUCCCUCUUCUGGUAAAACACUUCCUCAAUCUUCAGAAUUCAAGCCUAUUUCAACUCAAAGUCAAUCUGAUUUACUUUUAUGGUGUCAAUCGGUGACUAAAUCUUAUGAAAAUGUACAAAUAAUUGAUCUCACUUCAUCAUUCCAGAAUGGACUGGCUUUUUGUGCCAUCCUGCAUUACUUUUUUCCCGACCGAAUUGAUUACGACUCAUUGUCUUCGGAAGACCCUCUGCAAAAUUGUCGACUGGCAUUUGAUGUGGCUUCUAAGUUGGGAGUACCUCGUGUACUUGAUCCAAGCGAAGUAGUUUCUAAAAGUCGUUCACCUGAUCUACUCAGUAUGAUGACAUAUCUCCAUCAAAUUCGUACAUUGUGCUGUGAACAAACGAAAAAGAACGGUGAGAAUUCUGCAUGUACAAACGAAAACUCACCAUUAAAUGGGAUGAUUGAACAAUGUUUUAUCAAAACUAACAGUAGCUCCGAAACGAAUCACAGUUUGCAGAAAAUCGAAAAUGUAACAGAUGAAAACUCAAACAAUGCGGAAAAUAAUUUAACUUCACCAGAUAAAGCUAGUAGAUCACCAUCUAAAAAGAAAAUCCCUUUAACGAAUUAUGAACACAUGUUGGCAAAAGCACGCAGUCUUUUACAACAAUCACGUCAAAAUUAUUUAGCACCAACAAGUCGACCUAGUGCUCUGCCGCCUUUAGCACAUCCCCGUAAACCAUAUCCUAGAUCUGGUUCGCUGACAGGUAUUCAUUCAGUAAAUGAAAAUUUCAACCGAAAUCCAACAACGGACGAGAGUUUAAUGAAUAAUAGAUCUGAAGGAAAAACUGAUCAACUGAUUGAGGCAAAGUUAUAUACAAGCUCUUCAGUUAACGAUUCGUCCAAUGCACUUCCAUCUGCCUCAAAUUACAUCAGUAAUGAGCAGGCCGAAUUAGAAGAGGCGCAGAGGGAAUUGGAUAAAGAAGCAGCUGCUCUCGAGCCACAGUUACGUCAACAGAUGGCAUAUAGACCAGGGACCGCCUUAGAAGAACAGUUGUUAAGAAGAUGGUUUAUUUUAGUCAAUAAAAAGAAUGCCCUGAUUCAUCGUGGCUUCCAGCUGUCUAUAAUGGAGAAGGAAGAUGAUCUGAAAAAGAAGAUGAAAAUGUUGCAAGACGAAUUACGAUCGGUUUUAGCCGUCGAAGAUUAUUUGAAAACGGACAAUGAUAGGAGGCGAGAAGAUCUUCUUUUACAAGAUCUGGUACGGUUGGUUAAUGAACGUGAUGACAUAAUCCAAGAAUUGGACCUACACGAGAAAGCGUUAGCUGAAGAACUGGAGCUGGAGCAGAAUGCAAGUUUUCAAUCAUAUGGGAGACGAAGAAUCGAUAAAAGUUGUGUACUACAAUGAUACUCAACUUAAACAUGUACAAUGGGUUGUAAUUAAUAACAGACAAUGUGUUUCACCUUCCACUUCUUUACUCCUUGAUGUGCACAUCCGUUUGUUCAGAAAAAAUACUAUUAAACUUUCAGCGCCAUAUUUCAAUUAGUCUCAGGAGAUCAUUUUCUUAAGUAUUUCCCCUCAGAUGUCAUUUCCUUAAUCUUUUUUCGACUCCUGCAGUAAAUCAAAUGUGAUGUUACUUUUCAUUUUUCCUUGUUACUGCUUUAUGUUUUAAGGAUGUUCAUUCUGCUGUUUACUUUUAUUUCAUGCUUACUUAUAAUACACCAAAUUAUUUCGAACAAUGAUUGUAAACCAGCCAAAUACUGUUUUAUUUAUCAAUAAUACGUUUUGUUUGUA